GUGCCUGAUUGGAUCUCCGCCAAGGAUGACAUAAUUUUAACAGUCACGGCGAUGGAGAAACGAAAAGGGGAAGAAAGCGAAGAGGGGGAAGGGGAACAGUCAAAAAGAACCGACAAACGACAUUGCUCUUUUUGAGAAGAUUAGGCGACGAUGACACCUUCACAAUAUUACUAUAAUCAAGCGGCGAACGCUUCACCAAAUGUACCACAAACCUACGGGAUCCCAGGCCGUGGCAUGAAUCCCGCGAUGCCCAUGUCCCAAAGUCAUUUUAUGCAACAAGCGUAUCGAAAUGCUCCUGCACCCAUGGUAGAUCACCGAAAGCGCGUCGCUAAUAAGUCUUCCCGACAAUCCAUGCCUCUCGUCGAAGACACAGAGGAACCUUCUGGAGACGAGUUGGACGAUAUAUCAUCGCGCGAUAUUGCCAUGGCACGCUAUAAAAGAAAUCACGAUUACCUGUCAGAAAUAUUUACACCAUAUAAUGCCGCAUCCAUCGUUCCUCCACCAAUAGAUGUUUCUCAUAAUAAGGAAGAACUCUCGAAACUAAUUAAUGAGCUGGAGGACAAAUUAAAGCAGAGGCAAACAGAACACGACGAGAAGAUCGCCAAAAUCAAACGUACCGGAUCUGAAUUCUGGAAACGAAUGGAGGAGCUGAAUAAGGCGCAAUCAUUAGAGUCCAUUGAUAAAGCAGUAGAGGACAUGAGUAGUUGGAUGGAUGUGAAAGUGGAUCAUGUUACAACGGGUUUCCGAACAGUGCCGAUCCCUGGCAUAGAGGAAGAUGAAGAAGAAAAGCCCCAAAAACCAAUGUCAGAUCAGAAUGAACAGAUGCAAACUCAUGAUGGCGGCGCCCCUGGUGAUUUUGCAGAUGCGUUUGCCCAGUCGACGGAAAACACAACGGCGCAAGAUGACGACCUUGAUAUGUUUACCACAUUUGAAGAUCAGAAUAUGGGAGGCGAGGAAGCUGGUAGCGAUCUUUUCAACGAGAUGGUGAAUGCGCAAGAUGAUGACGGCGUAAGCGAGUUUUUAAACACCAGCGGGAUGGAUUUUGAAUCAGAGAAUACCAAAACAGAUGAAAAACAGGAUUAAAAACGCAAGGACAACCAUUGAACAUCUUUUUUUCUAAUUACAUGUAUCAUAUCUCAUAUUAACGGGCCAGUCUUCAUCCACCAUCGAAUCAUCGGCACAGCCUCAAUAUCAGUAACUCGGUAUUGGUUAUCCUAUCCGCAGCAGAGACUAGGAUGAUGAUCUGCUUCUCGAGCUGUUUAAUAGAGUAAGCUUACAAACCUAGAAGAUUCCUAGUUGGAUCUUGGAAUAAAAAUUAUCCAGUUUGAAUAUUC